ACACGGGCACGCCCCCAACGUUACCGAAUACUACCGAAGAAGAAGUUGACGGAAGUGACGCAAAUAUUUUGAACGUUUACCGCGCUGAAAGUCUUGAAGUCAAGUGUAUUUCUUGUGCGCUAUAAGAGCAGGAACUUGGAUUAGUUUAACACAAUCUUUCUGCGGCACUAUGAAGAGAGUGGACAGAGCUCCAGUUAAAGAUACAGCAAUUCCCACGCAUCCUAAUAUAACAUCUAAGAAAGCAAACGUCAGGACUGACACUGAGACUAUGAGCAGGAAGAACCCAGCAAAAAGUCUUAAAGGGCCCUCAGUAAGAUACGGCCACCAAAGUGAUGUGAAGGAACAAAACCGUCUUUUGGUGGGAGCGAAUGAAGAUUUGCAGAAACAGAUUUCAGACCUGAAGGAAAAUGUGUCUAUAUUAGAACAACGCUGCAGCAAUCUUCAAGAAAACAACACUGACCUUAAGAAACAGCUCAGCGACUGUCACGUACUUCUCAUUGCAGAAAACCUUGAUCCAGUUUCAGGGGAGAAAGUUGGUGAAACAGCAGAACAGAGGGCAGGACAAAGAAAAGAAGUCAUGACCAUUUCCCAAAAACUUCUGACUGAGCUAAAGCUGUUUGACGAUUUUACAAACGAGCACAGAACACAUUUAACGGAGGUGCAGAACACCAUGAGAAGUCUUAAAGAAGCCAGAGAAAAGCUUCACCUGGAAAGAGAAUCAUUUUGCACGUAUGCUGAGGACAUGGAGAGAGCACUUGAGGAUGCAGAGAGGCUGCUGGUAGAAUAAAAACACAGUAAAAAUACAGAAGGAUUUUUUUUGGUUUUGGUUUUAACAAAUUUUCUGGGCUAUGUUUGCUGAUUUUAAAUAAAAAAGUACUGAAAUAGAUUAAGCUUGUCUUAGUAAUAGUAUCUCAGUAUCCAUCCUCCAACACCUCCCCCUCAAUAAAUAAACAAAAAUAAAUAAAUAAAAGGUUUUUGCGUAGUCUCUGUGGGGAAACGGAUAAAGGUUUCUAUAUAGAACGCUACAACAACUGAAUUAAAGAUGGUUAUUUUCAACCAUGAGGGAGUCCGUGUUUACGCAGAUAAUCACUAGAGAUGAACUCUUUGAGGUUUUGUGGUUUUAUAAGAGGAUUCAUAUUUUUUUCUCUAAUCCAGGGCCGGCUCGUGUCAGAGGGCUAGCAGGGCCAAGCAUUAAUGCUGCCAGACAAACUUUCUUACAUAAAAUUCAGUUCUUUUAAAGCAUUGCAUGUUUUCAGUGCUUUUUUUUUGUUUUGUUUUGUUGUUCCAGAAGGUUUAUGUAUAAUUCCAAGUCAUUUAUAAAAUUUGCUUUACAAAGACCCCAUUUCUUGUCGUGUAUACGGUAUUUACCCAAUAAAAUAAAUAACUGCACAAUGUAUUGUUGUUUAUAUUCCAACAUGUCAUUUUGAAUAUACAAAAGCACAUCAAGAACACAAAUUUUCUAUUGUACAUCCCAGUUUUCUAUAAAUAAUAAGCUUCUAAAU